AUGGCUCGCCCAAUUGAAGCUAUGAAGGAUAUUAAUCAGUCAAAAGAUUUAUGGAAGAUUGCUGUUAGGUGCAAGCAUUUAUGGAGUGUGACGAGUGCAUCGAAAAAGGAACACAUCGAGAUGAUUUUGGUUGAUUCUGAGUUAUAUACGAUUCAAGUCAUUGUGCCACCCUUCUUGGUUUCAAAAUUCAAGGAGCAACUCGCGGUUGGAUGUUCAUAUGUAAUGCAGAAUUUCAAAGUGUCAAACAAUGAUUUCUCUUUUAAGUCGACUAAUCAUAGUUUCAAGUUGGUGUUAUGUGGCUCAACUUCUGUUAAGAAGGCUGAACUUCCUGAUAUUCCUAUGAAUUACCUGAACAUUCUUCAUUUGGAUGCCAUUGUUGAAGGCAAAUUCCAGUCUAAUAUUUUGGUUGAUAUUCUUAGAGGAGUGACCGAGAUUUCUCAAACUCAAAUCAAUGCUGAUAACAAAAAGAGCAAGGUUGUGUUUCAAUUACUGAUAAUAGUUCAAUGUACUCUUUGGGGUCAGCUUGCCAUACAAUUUUACGAUUAUUAUAAAAGUCAGAAGGAAGAUGGAAGUAUAAUUGUUUUGCUUAUUAAUGCCAAGAUUAAGGAGGCUCAAGGAGGGUUUCCUUUGAACAUCUCCAACGCUUGGAAUGGCAUAAAGUUUCUAAUUAAUGAUGUUACCCUUGAUGUAGUUAUCAAGCUCAGAGACAUUAUGCAAUCUGAAUUGCCAUUACUGUCUUCAUCAAGUCUUCAAGUGGACACAACACAAAACUCAUACUAUUCUGAUUUCGAUAAGUUUGUUUGGAAGGUAGAAAUUCUAAGUCUUGCUGAAAUAACAACUCUGCAACACGAGAGUACAUGUGUUACUGUUGCGACUUUGGACAAAUUUGAGGCUGGACAGUUAGGCUGGUAUUAUGAUGGAUGUGUUGGUUGCACAAAAAGUGUGUCACUGCAGGAUGGAAAGCUGGUAUGUUAUUCCAAACACAUUAGCCCAGCGCCCGUACCAAGAUUCAUUUUUUGGGACGGAGAUUGCGUCAAGUUGAUUGGGAAGUCCACUCUUCAAAUGAAAAAUGAAUUGAUAGAGGCAGAUGAAGAUGAUCCUCUUGAAUCCCCUUAUGCACUUGAUGCAAUUCUAAAGCAGGAAUUGGCUAUUAUGGCAGUUUUUCAGCCUAACAAAGGUAGACUUUUCGUCAUUAGUUUCAAAAUUGAUGAAGAUUUUUGUAAGAGAGUCAGAGGGAGUUUCAGCUCGGAAGAGCCUACUUCAAAGCUUCUACCAAUUGAGCCUUCAUCCCAAGAUGAAUCAAUAUCCUUUACUAAACCUUUAUCUGCUGGUGCCGAUUAUAACCAUGAUGUUGGAAAUUCAACUCCGACUCCAUCAAAAAGAACUUUACCUGAUCCUGUUGAAGAUAUUGAGAGUGUCCAACUUUCCGCAACCAAGUUAAUUAAGGAUAUAAAGAAGGAGAAGUGGCUAUAUUCACAUUUAUGUUAUUUUAAGUUAUUGUUAGUUUUGAAGAAACCAAUCUGA